GAUGAAUGCGGGAAACAUUGUUAUCGAGGAACAUAAUGGCUAUUAAAUCAGGAAAAAAAGUAAACAGAUGAUCUUCAGAAAGCAAACGAUAACCAGAAUCAGCAUCGUUGUGUGUCGCUUUCCUUUAUUCCGUAGUGUCUUUAUAAAAGGCGCUGGUGUUGGGGGAGGGUUAUUCAGUAGAGAGGGCUGCUCUUAAACAACACUUCGGAAUAUUGUCAAUCCAACAAUGGCCGAGUUUAGGAAGUUUGGAGUAUUGCAGGUUUUCUACGGAUCACAGAAUCCGGAAUUUUAGUUGGGGGAAACACAUUUCCGCCCCGCCACCACCCCCUCCCAUAUAAAAAAAAACAAGUAAAUGUGGCGGGGGCGCCGGUGUUUGUAACAAAGGGAGCGGGCUGACUGGCCAAAGCGAGAUACUGGGACUGGGGAAAAGCGGAGAGGAUCUGGAAAAGAGAUUAGAUUUCGCUUCUCUCUCAUCAAUUUUAUGGUUAAUGUCAAGCGGCUCCAUUGUGGGAGAAGAGGCACGUCAGCUAGCUAUAAAUUCGUGAGCAGAGUGGCAGCGCAGAGCGCAUCUGUUUGACCGAGUACAUUGCCUCUCAUACUGUAUGGAGACAGGUAGAAUCCUGUUUGAGCACCAUCUAUCAGCAAACCAGAGUCAAUCCGGGACAAAUAUAAACCUACCAGACAUUUACUACCGAGUUUUCUCUAGGAAACAUUUUCGAUCUGCCGCCUGCGCCGUCUCGAGUAUGGAAGACUCGGCUGGCUGUAAACCAGAUCACCCAGAUGAAUUUGGAUCCGCUUGAAUCCGUUCCGGAGACUCGUUCGGCUUUGUGGAUCUGUACGUUGAGGGCGAUCUCAGUCCGCUAUGGACGGCAGGGAAUUUGCUCCUCCCCACCUCCUCUCUCAUGCGCUCGGCGUGGAGGCGGCCAGGGAGCGCGGCGCCCUGGCGCACCGAGCCGUCGGAAGAAUCGCCUCAACCGGCCACAGCACGGCACCGCACCCGGCUCAUUUCCAACCUGCAAAAUAUUUCCCGUCUCCCCUCCCCAUGGCCACACAUUCAGGCAACGCACUGAUGGGAAACUCAUCAGCCACAUUCAUGGGAAGUUUCCUAGCCAGCAGUUUGGGGUCAGCAUCUGCUCAUCCUGCGGGACCCACGUCUUCCCCCUCAGAGCCCGCAUUUCGAAGUCCCCACACAGCGACGUCACAGAUCUGGUUUUCCCACUCCCACGAAGUUCCAGGGUAUUCCAGAUUUUCAAGCAGUUUGGCCUCCACUUUCCUUCCCAUGAGCCACCUAGAUCACCAUGGCAACAGCAACAGUGUACUUUAUGGGCAGCACAGGUUCUAUGAUUCACAAAAAGAUGGCUUCUAUCUGAGGAAUUUGCCUGGACAGCCAACCCUGCUCUCAACCAAUCACAGCUUCCCUUCCAUUUCCCGCACGGCUCCCAUUGGUUCUUGCACCAGAGACCGAGAAAUGAGCCACUCCCACAAGACGGUCAAGGAGACUGAAAGACUGCUGGCCGCAAAGGAGCCAGGCAAAGACAGGAUGAGUAAGAACGAAACCAAUACAAUGAACAGUCAAAGGACUCACAAGGAGAGACACUCAGAAGAAGAUGGAAAAGAUGGACGCAAGAUAGUACACUCUCUGAUGCCAGACAUUAGAUGCAAGGAAGACCUAACAAAUAUGCACAAUAGUAUGUGUGAAAACAGAAAUAAACAAUUCAAUAGCUGUUUAACAAACUCCAAAGUUAUGAAUGGAGAUUCCAGUAAGACUUUAUUAGCAAGCUGCACUAAUAUUGGUGGGAUUUUACCAAGGCAAAUGGACAUCCAUACUCCAGGCAGGUGUACCAAAGAGAGCUUAAGGUUUGAGAGGGAUUUCAGAGAAAAUGGUCCCUCUGGACCAAUGCAUAUCGAAUGCUCGGACAGUUGGCAAACACCGCACCAUUCUGUUGCAUACUCUGUUCCUUCUUCACUGUCCAACAUUCCUCCAUCAUCUAACACCGGCUCUGGAACAUUCCCCUGUUUGCAGGUUCAUUCCAACUUAGACCUUUUUUACCCUACUCAAGAUAAGGCUGGCAGGGAGCUCAAGGUCACUGGGCCUACCUACGUGCCUUCAGUGGGACAUUUUGGUGACAAAAGUAGACCUUUCCAAGUUACUGCAGAGGACUGCAAGAUCAGCAGAAGUAUGGGGAAGGAGAAGACACAGGAAAAAACCACAGAGAGGACUGAUGUUGGGACUGUGCCCGGCUCACACCUGCAUUUGAAGCUAGAUGGGAAAGGAAUGGACUGGCCCCACAACUCAGCCAUAAAGUCCAAGCAGCAGUGUGGUAGCAGCACUGGUGCACAGAUGGUGAUUCCGUUCACACCUCAGGCAGCCAAGGGCCCCUCAGGGAAAGGUAGCACUUACGUUAUGCCACAGACUCAGGAUUGUUUCUGUUCGAGGGAGCUGGAGACUUGCUGUGCCAAACUGACCCACUCCAGUUACAUGCUGGACCGGGAGCAGGGCAGCGAUGUGCAAGAGAAAGCUUCAAAAGACUCGCAGGGGCAAAAAGUGGCCAGGAUACGUCACCAACACCAUAAGCUUCCUGAGGUGGAGCACAUAGGAAGUGGUUCGGAGAUGAAGAGAAGGCCACCGGAGCUCAGUUGUAUGAGCUACAGUGGAUCCCACAUACCUCCCUGGCAGGGUGCCCAGAUUCCAAUGGGUGAAGACAGGAAGAACUCCUACCUUGACCCUUUCAGUUCAAGUUUACAGCAGGCGGCAAUGCUGUCACAAGGAUCUGUGCUAAACCAAGACAUGUUGGGUCAGGCUGAUGAAGUCUCAGCCAUGAAAAGUCUGCUAAAGUACAGCAGCUCCUUUCCCCCAGGCACGCAGGCCCUCAUUGUUGGGCAGAAGACCCCGUUCGGAGGUCUAGGAAACAUUAGGGCCAGUUGUGUCCACCAGGAGAUAAAGCUGCAAAGCGGGAAGUCAAGCCUAGAUUUGGAGCGUCUAGAUUGUACCAAAGGCAGGGAAAGUGAGUCAUCUCAGGGUGAUGGAGAGGUGCGGCAGCCUCCAGUUGGCAUUGCAGUGGCAGUGGCAAGGCAGAAGGAUAACCAGAAGCAUGAGCUGCCUUGUGGUAGCGAAUCCAGCCGCCAACAUAGACAUGUUCCUGGAGUAAAAGGAUCAUCGCGUUCUGCCUACAUCAUUGAUUUGGAGGUCGAGGAAGAAGGCAAUCAUUUUCGUGAGGAGAGAAUGGGCCUGGCACGUUUGGAUAGGGAAAGGGACCAUUUACUUCGGGAAAACAAAGAUCUGGUGGAGCUCGCACGAAUCCGUCCAUCCAAUGGUUGUCCUGGAGACCUGAAUCCAAACCUGAUGGUCACUGGAGGGUCAUCUUUACAAGCCAACCAGCUGGGCACUGACCCCAGUGCCCAUCCUCAUCUUACGACUCCACAUUGGCUUCCAAGGACGGGCAGCCCCUCCGUGUGGAUGGGUGGCCAUUCAUAUGGAAUCGGUCACCCAGCCCUCCAUUCAAAUCUACCACCUGGUUUUCCAGCAUCGAUCCCAAGUGCCAUGCAGACAGUAUUUCCACUUUCCCAAGAUCCUUCAGCCCAGCUUGUUAUCCUUCCCACUGAGCCACCAGCACCACACCCAACUCCUCAUCAUCUCGCUGAGGUGAUCGAUCCUGCACACUCCCUCUGGCCGCCCAUCUAUCCAGCCCGAGCCCCUGCCUCACACAUGCAGCAUCCAGGCCAGCUCUCUGUUUAUCCUCGCUCACAGCUUCUCCGCCAGCAGGAGCUCUACAUGCUGCAGCACCAACAUCAGCAGCACCAACAGCAGCAGCAGCAGCAGCAGCAACAACAGCAACGAGCGCAAGCUCUUCAACUCCAGCGGCACGCACAGCUAGUGGAUCAACGUAAGGCAGAGGAGCCUCGAAUAGAGGCAGAAGAGCACACUCUAGAGAGGAACAGAAGAUCACACAAAACAGUUGCCUUAAACUCUCCCAAGAAUCUUUCUUCUCCGGUCAUACUGCCAUCUGGCAUGUGUUCUGCCAAACUCUCACCAUGUCGUCAUUCUCCUUCAUUAACACCCAAGUCUGGAUGCCCUACCCCGCAGCCCACUGCAGUCUGUCCGUUGCCUUCUUGUCCGACUUCUGGCCCUGCUGCUGUCCCACAGACAUCCGUGGUCAGUCCUCCUUCUUCCCAGAGUUCCACAGGAAGUCAAAUGGCUGAAAAACGAGUGGAAGGAGAGCCAUCUCAGCACUACCCUGAAUCCUUUGAGCCAGAGAUUCCGCCUGGCUACUCGUACACAGCGGUCACCAUGGGCUAUCGCUCCCCGACUCCCCUUGUACACCCUGCCAAUCCCACAGAUGCUGAAACUAUGCAACCCGUCCCCACCCCCUCAGCUGAACCAGAGCAGUCAAGAACCAUUACGCCUGGUGCGAAAAUUCACUGUGAUACUCACUCAGUCCUGACAGAGGGGACAAGCCCGAGCGAACAACAGAUCACAGCAAACGACCUGGACAUUGUCGAGCAAAAUGAGCACAGCCUUCUUUGCAGCACAGAGGAAAAGGAGACAGUAAAUGCUUCGCCAGCAGAGAAUUCAACUGUGGAGCAACUUGAGCCAUCUAUGAAAGAAAACAUGGAGUGCUUAAGGUAUUUGAUUGCUUCUCAGGGAAAUGACACUGAUGGAAGGCUUAAAGAAGAAUGCGGACAGGAAACUUCAGUAAAUGAGUCACCUCACUCAACCAGUGAGCCCACGACCUUAACCAAUGAAACACUGGAUGUAAGAAACUCUGAUCACUUGAGUUCAGUACCUGAGACUGACUUAAAGCAUGAAUGCAAUACUGACGGAGAAGCCACACAAGAGAAUCAGGACGAGGAUUCUGAAAUUAGCCACGAUGCCCCAGAGAGGGACGAGGUACUCAAAUGGCGGCUAGACUGCAUAGCAGGAAUGAAUGCCCUGGUGGCAGCUGGCCUCAGUAUGGGAGAUCUCCUCGCUUUACAGCCCGAGUUUCCCAGCACCCCCAUACCACCCUCACGCCCUACGACAUCGACUUUUUACCCCUGCUCAGGGAUGCAUGGGAUAGCUCUGCUGAGUGAAUUGGCUGAACUGGAACAGCAGAGCUAUAAUGCUUCCUGUCAAGGGGAGGACAAGGCUGUGCUUACUCAUGAUCUCCAAAGCCUUGCAACAAUUGCUGCUGCUCGUUCAUUGGUUGAAGCAUUACCCAUUGAAUUGGGUGACCCCCAUAUUGAAACAGAACCAAGCAAAUCCUAUGUAGUUCGCAUCCCACGGGUACUGAAUUUACGAAGGAAGUACUCAUGGCAUCCAAAGGCGGAAACGGUCUGUCCUCUGAAAGCUGCAAUUGAUGGAAUGGACGCAUUGGAGCUGGAGAUGAGGAUGAGGCUUGCAGAAUUACAGCGCCGCUACAAGGAAAAGCAACGGGAGCUCGCAAAGCUUCAAAGGAGACACGAUCACGAGAGGGAUGAAAACUCGAGGAGUCCAGCCAGACGCGGGCCUGGCCGACCGAGAAAACGCAAACACCUUUCCACUGUCCUGUCUUCUCUCGGACAACUCAGUGAACUUGAGAAGUCUGACAGCAAGAAAGCUAAAUCCAUCAGGCCCGGCUUGAGUCUCCUCUGUGAGGAACUGAGGAAUGAAGUGGAGCCCAAGAAGAAAAAGUGCAAACUUGCUGCGAGGGAAGGCAAAGAACAGGAAGAUGGCGGCAACAAGGCUGGCUCAGAGAUUAAACCAAGAGCAAAAAAGGACACCCCUCAAACCAGCAUAACGGCAAAGUUGGGGAAGUACACCUCCAGGCCAAAGCCGAAGGUACUGGCUAAACCUACAAAUAAAUCCCACACAGCAGCCAUCCUGAAAUCUGCUAACACCACCAGCCCAUUCCGAGGAAAAACAUCGUCCCUGCCUGGCAAGAUUCAAAAGCAGCUGGGAAAACCGAAGACUUUCCCAGUGACUCACAGCCAGAACAGAGCAAAGCAUAUUCCAGCAACUCCUGAAACGGGCUUGAAAAUGGAAUCGGGAGAAGAGGACGGUGUAUUGAACACAAAAGCUACUUUUACGAAAAACAAAGUGGUCCCGAAGGCUAACUCCGUCAUUAAAAAGAAGCCUGGCAUUCAACAAAAAAGAAAGGCAGCUGGGGUCAAAGUGCAGAAAAGCAGCAGUAAGAAGCGGAAACAGGAAGCUCAGGCGACGCUGAAUGAAAAGGAUUGGAUGUCCACAGAGAGCGAUGGCUUCUCUUCAGAUGUUGGUCCGGAUUUGACGGAGGACGAGCACAACUAUAACAGUGCUGACGGCAGUGACGGCACUCCUGAGCUGUCGAUCAAAGACUCCAGCACUGGUCUCCACACAGAAUACUCAACAGCGCUCACCGCCGCAGAGACGGGUCCGUCACCAUCCUCUGUUGUGAAGCUGGAAGCCAAUCAGAAAGCAAAGAAAAAAAAGGAAAGGCAAGGUCUUCUGGGAACGUUUGGAUUGCCCAGCGUGGACGGGGACGUGAAGAUUAAAAAGCGCCCCGUCAAACACAGCCUGGAGCCUGGCAGCGUAGCGAAGAAGAGUGAGAAGCCCCCAGCAAUGAAGAAGAAAGGACUGAAGACAGGCGAGAAGAGCAAAAAGCUGAAGAACACAAAGGGGGGAGCAGAGGUGGCCAUCUGGCGCCGACGGGAAUCCGAGCUGCGGCCUCUGCUGCACAGGGAGAGGAUAAUUCCCAGUGAUACCUCUGUACCUGUAAAACUGGCAUCCAGAACUCAGGCCAAAAAAACCACAGCCAACAGGUGUAAAACUGUCACCAGGAAAAGUAAAUUGCUGCAGGCAACUUUCAAGAAAUCAAGUGGCUUCUGCCUCUCACAAAAAGGAACGAUCUCCACUGAUUAUCAGCGAACUAGGCUGAACAAACUCAAGAGCAAACUCCCUGUGAAAGAGUCGAAAGGUCGCGCUGUCAGUAAACUUUUGGAAAGUUUUGCUGCGGAGGAUGACUUUGCAUUUGAUGAAGACAGCAGCUUCUCUGAGGAGGAUGCGAAUACAUCUGUGAGCUGCUCAGCAGAAUUGUAUGUUCCUCGGUCCUGUGCCAUCAGUAAGGAAGAUCUUAAAGAAGGACUUCAAAUCCUCAUACCAAAGGAAGACAAACUGCUGUACGCAGGAAGUGUUAAAGUUCUCCAGUCACCUGACAUCUAUGGUGUUGUGAUUGAAGGAGAAAGAGGAAACCGACAAAGAAUCUACUCCCUGGAGCAACUACUGCAGGAAGCGGUACUUGAUGUCAGACCUCCUUCACGACAUUUCCUGCCACCAGCUACCAGGGUCUGUGCUUAUUGGAGUCAGAAAUCCCGCUGUCUGUACCCAGGAACCAUUGUUCAAACAGGUAGCUCCAGUGAUGAAGAAGACGAGGACAGAGAUGACUUUGUCACAGUUGAGUUUGAUGAUGGUGACGUGGGACACAUUUCUCUGUUGAAUAUCCGUCUCCUCCCUCCCGAUUAUAAGAUACAGUGUACAGAACCUUCUCCUGCAUUGCUGGUAUCCAAUGGGAGGCUUCGGGUUCGGAGAUUCCCCACAGAAAAGCGGGAAGGCGUAGCAAGCACUCAGAAUCACUCUGUGGAUGGACCAAACUCCACGGAUCUGAGCAAAAAAUCUGGCAAAAAGACUUUGUUAAAAGGAAAAGCUGAAAAAGGAAAAGGGAUUUCAAACUCUGAGAUAUCGACGUUAUUGAAAGGGGAACACAUAUUGAGUAAAAAGUCAAACACACUGAUAAAUUGGCCAGGGAAUGUCCAGACAAAGAAAAAGAUCUCCAGCAAGAAUACGGCAGUUUUAGAAAACUUGUUUGAGUUAAAUGGAAGCACAAGAAGGAUGAAGGGUAAAGAACGGUUCCUUCCCCUACAUGGCCUCCCACCUCCAGUGUUUAGUGGUGGGUUUGAGGUCGACUCUUUCGGCAGCAUUGCCAGCACAUUCGGAGCCUUUGGGAGUAGUCCAAGCCUGAUGCCAAACCCUAAGCCACUGAAGUACAGGAAGAUGGAGAAACUCGACAUAUCAAUCCCAAAAGGUGGGAAGAGGAAAGCAGAAACGGAAUACCUUGUAAAAUUAGAUCACGAAGGAGUGAUGUCUCCUAAAACAAAAAACGGAAAAGCCUUGCUGAUGAGUGAGAAGGAGUUUGGAGUGAAAUCUGAAGCUGCCUACUCCCAGGCAGCUUUGAUAAGUAAAGAGCGAAGUGGAAGAAUGGAGCUUCUAAAAGGAAAACAUGCUCAACUUCAGAACCUUCCUAUCAGCUUAGCUAUGAAUGAGUACACAGGCCAGUCAGAGUUUGGGAUGGAUUGCGACAGUGACAGCCAUAGCUCACUUUCUGACAUGGACGAUGAGGAUGAAAAUAGAAACCUCCGGCAGAGUGUCACGUCAAGGUUCAUGUCUAGGCUGUCUGUCUUGUCUUCAUCUUCUGGGUCUUCAUCCUCUUCAACAUCUGGUUCUACCUCCACAUCUAGCAUGUGCUCAUCGGACAAUGAUGAUUCGUCGUACAGCUCUGAUGAUGACUCGACACUCUUGCUUCAGACCUGCAUGACUCGGCCCGUAGCCGCAAUGCUGGCCUCCUCGGACCCACGGCAGGCAGAGACGAAGAUAUCCCCACACUCCUUCUCAAUCAAGUCUGUGAUGUCUGCGAAUAAGAUGAAACAAAAGAGGCAGGAAGAGCUACGGCUCCAAAAGGUGAAGGAGAUAUCAAAGAGACAGAGAUUACCUUCUGUGGGGAAUCGUCCUAAAAUCUCCUCUUUUCUCCCAGCACGGCAGCUGUGGAAGUGGUCUGGGAAGCCAACACAGAGACGAGGUAUGAAAGGGAAAGCAAAGAAACUUUACUACAAAGCUAUUGUGAGGGGAAAGGAGACAAUCUGCAUUGGAGAUUGUGCGGUGUUUCUCUCUGUUGGUCGCCCAAACCUUCCAUACAUCGGCCGGAUAGAAAGCAUGUGGGAAUCGUGGGGAAACAACAUGGUGGUUAAAGUGAAGUGGUUUUAUCAUCCUGAAGAAACAAAGCUGGGCAAAAAGUGCAACGAUGGCAAGAAAGCAUUGUAUCAAUCUUGCCAUGAAGAUGAAAACGAUGUGCAGACUAUUUCCCAUAAAUGUCAGGUAGUCAGUCUGGAACAGUAUGAACAAAUGUUAAAAACCAAGAAGUACCAGGACAGUCAAGACUUGUAUUAUCUGGCUGGGACCUAUGACCCUACAAUAGGCAGAAUCCUCAAUGCAGAUGGAGUACCCAGUCUCUGCUAAAACGUAAUGUAUGAAUUAUUAUAAAGCCUGGAUCUACACCACGGUAACAGGGAUUGAUAAACCUUUCUGCUAAAAGAAAUCUAAUUAACCUAAUGAAUUGUUCAAAUGAUGCACGAUGGACUGGAGCUGGAUACUUGAUAACAACACCUUGAGGCUCAAGCAUGUGGACCUGGAAUCAUUGGCAGAGAGAUUUUAUGUGGUCAAGCAAUGGUUCUUGGAAACAUAAGAACUAAGCCUUCUGGGGAUCAGUAAUACUGGAUUUACCAAAGUGGAACCCUUAGGGCAUCAGGUAGGCUGGAAUUGGAACAUAUGACUUCUAGGCAUCAAUGGGUCGACCAGGCUGAAUUUGCACAUGAGAGAACUAGGCCUCAAGCAACGGAGAAGGCAAAAUUUGGAGAUGUGAGAGCUGGGCGUCGGAGAAUCGAGGAAGCUGGAAUGGUCACAUGGAAGCUUGACCCUGAUCAGAGUAGGGUCAAACAGCAUGGAGUUUAUUUCAGUGUGUAUGUGUGUGCGUGUGUGGUUGCAUAUGUGAGUGUGCGUGUAUGUGUGUGCAGAUUGGAGAAAGAAGGAAAAUGAGCAUCAUACAAGCCAUACACUCCCAGUACCUCUGUCUGCUUUCAACUUUGCAAAGCAGAAUCAGGUCUAAUGUGUUUUUGUUGUUACUUCGUUUCCUGGAGAGUUUUGUAAAAACCCGGGAAUUUUUUUUAAUGCACUGCAUUACUCAGCUCAGCUGAGACUGCUUAUUAGCUGGAACUUCUGAAGAAGAAAAAAAAGAAAGGGGGGAGAAAAAGACUUUUACUUUGAAGAAGACUGCUUUGUUAUACAGGACAGAUUGUGGCAUCACUCUGUCAGACUAAUUCUAACCUCCUAACUGAACAGUUGUUGAGUGAUUCACUCUGUGGGUUAAAUGUUCCUUUUUUGAAAAGUGAUUGGUGAAAAGAAUUAUAAUCCCUAUUGCUAAAAAUUGUAUAGAAUUCUGCACACAUGUAGGGAAUGGUCAGCCAUGUUUGUUUCCUUUCUGAUGCACAGAUUUGAAAGAGACAGUGUCCCUUUUAUUCAACCAUGUUAAGUAUUUAUACUUACUUAAGCCUGUCACCUCUACUGUGGCGUAGGCCGCUGACAGCUGCUCGCCAAGUCCUCUAUCCUGGGCCAGUCUCUCAAGUAGACCCGGGUGUUGCCCAUCUUUGAAGAUGUUUCCUCUCCCUGGAAAGGGGUCUUCGGAGCUUCUGUUGGCGUUUCUGUAACUGCGGGUUUUUACAGGAUGGCGGGGGGGUGGCGCGGUUUUGCUAGCCCCAUGUCCAAACCUCCUCCUGUUUCGCAGAUGGGCUUGGGGCUGUCCGUGCUGGAGCUGGGAUAUUUAUAAGGGCUUCUAGCUUUGAUGCCAAGAGCAACACCACUUUGGAGAAGAGCAUGCGUGUCACUUACUCUUCUUUCUGAACAAUGGAGGAUGCUGCCUGCAGAGAGUGGAAGAGAGAACACUUGAAGUAACAAAUUUGCUGGAAAAAAACCAUACUGGUGAAGGAUUAAGCUAUGAAGGCUAAAGGUUGUGUUGAUUUCAUGAAAUAUUUUGGUUUUAUUAGGAAAUGAUCAAUUAACCUAUUCAGUAUACAAAGCUUUUUGGGUUAAAUUGGAAUCAAUGGGAGACUCCAGCAGUGGCUCGUUGAAAAUAUAUAUCGCUGAAGACAAACCAGCAGCCCUGACUUGUUUGACUCCUAAUUUAAGAUUCCAGUUUAGAAGGUCAGGAAGAAAUUAACUCAAUGGGCAGAAUUGGAUCAGUCAUAUGGUAGCUGUAACACUUUAUUUUUGCCUCCACUGACUGCAGAGCUAAAUAUUGGGCGCUCCAUAAAACAGGCAGCCAAAUUAAUAAACACAAGAGAUCUUGUGGAUGCUGGAAAUCCAGAGCAACACACACACAAAAUGCUGGAGGAACUCAGCAGGCCAGGCAGCAUCUAUGAAGAGGGGUAUACAGUCGAAAUUUAUUCCUCUUCGUAGAUGCUGCUUGGCCUGCUGAGUUCGUAUCAGUCAUGAUGAGGAGUCUUUGCCAGAAAUGUAGAUUGUUUAUUCGUCUCUAUAGUUGCUGCCUUACCUGCUGAGCUCCUCCAGUGGUUUGUGUGUGGUGCAGCCAAUUUAAUACUGCCCUUUUUGUACCGCUGCCUCAGAUCGAUUUUAAUCCCGCUCUUUCUUUAGGCCUGCGAUGCAGGAAUUCAACCUCAGCGUUUAGCAUUAGCUGUGCCACAUGGUGUCUAUCGUUUUACUCUGCUUCUGAAAUUAGAUUUCAUUGAAUUCGAGGGGAUGCAAUACGUCCUGCAGACGCUCCUGUAUUCUACAUUUAGUGUUUGCAGUUGAGGAUGCAUUCUAGUGGUCUCUGGUGUGUAUCCUGUUGAUUUACCAUCUGUGACUGUACUGUGGUGGACUUUACACACGUACGUUGGAGGAAUUACAGGCACCAGUGGUCCCCAUCAUCCUGUUCAAGAUCAUGAUUGCUAAAUAUAAGCUCCUUUAGAUAAUUAUGCGUGCAGAGCCCAUCUAGAUCUCGCAUAAAGUUAUUGAUCUUAGAGCCACAUGUAAACUGCAACCAAUGUAGAUCAAGUCCAUGGUUAGAUAUAGAUCUUUAACAACAUUUUUUUUGGCUUUAAGUGCAGUAAGCAAGAGAAAGAAAAGGUGUUGUUCAAGUAACCCAAGCUUCCUUCAGGCUAUGUGUCUGCUAUUUUUAAUUGCAGCUUCAUUCCACAAUGGCAAGUUCACUGCUGUUAAAAGCAGCAGCUGGGCUUAUUGCCUCCUGUGCUCGCCAACGCACGACUUUCCACCUGUUUGCUUUAAUGGACAGAAAAUCAUGCCGCAGCGAGCACAGAAUCAGAAACCCUGCCUGGAAGGCUGCAUCACAGACGCAGCGCAACCUGAAACCAUGGAAAUCAGAGACAGGAGCAGAUACCACAGCCGCUGCACAGCAGGUUGGUUGCAGUCGGAAUGAGAAUGAAAAGUCUCCAUUUCAGGUCAGACAACAAGCUAGAAAUUGUACCUUACAUAAAAAUGCCUGCUCUAGUCACACAAAAGGAGGUCACAGUUUACACAGGGCCAGUGAGGGAGUGAUUAUUCUGCAAGCAUAAUUCACAAACUUUGUGUGUGUUGAAUCACGGACAGAACCAGGCCCUUCAGCCCAUUAUGACAAUGCUGCCCAUUAUCUAUAGUAAUCCAAUUUACCAUCACUUGGUCUGUAGCUACAAUGCCUUGGCAGUUCAAAUACUCAUUCAGAAACUGCCUAGAUUCCCAGAGUAGUUGCCUUCAUCAACUUCCCAGCCAGUGCAUUGCAGAUUUUAACUAUCUUCUGGAUGCGAAAGAAAACUCCGCAGAUCCUUUCUAAACCUUUUACUGCUCACGUUGUACAUAUUUACUCUAGCCUUUGACUCCUCUUUCGCAUGAAUAGCAGCGAGUAAUUUCAGAAGUGGUUAGGGAAUCGCAAUCUAGCCCAUUAAGUGGCUUGAAUAAGUAGUGGGCUGGCGGGGGUAAGCAGGUGUGAUAGACACAGACGACCUCUCUGGCACUAUAUUGGCAUCGUUUCCCAGAAGUGGACUCAGAAGGUGACCUCUGCUGUAAGAAGUGUAGACCUCCCUUGCAAUGCUGCUGCAACUGGUGUCUGUCCUGUAGGAACACUCAAGAAGGUGUUGUCCCUUUAAGGACUGCUGUCUUGUACCCAUUUAAUUUUGAAAUAUAUCUAAGAUCUAAUGUUGUAGCAACCACAUAAAAUGUGCAUCAUGUGAUGAUUGUUUCCACAACUGCAUACCGGGUGCUUAUACAUGUAUGAGUAUAUCAUGUGCACAGACACACAUUAUUCAGUGUUGCCUUCUGCACUAUGCAAACUUUGAAUAUUUGUUCAUACUUAGAAAUUGAUUUUACACCUUUAUUCAGUUGCAUGAAGUGCAAUUCCACUGAUUUUUAUAAACUAUUUGUAUUUAAGAACUCAGAUCUAUGAAGUCUCCCAUUUCAUAUUCAAUACAAUUCUAGCUUUCUUUUUUGAAUUAUUACCAAAUCAUUGUGCAUUUUUAGUAUUUUGUCUUUCAGUCUGUACCAGACUAACGUUUAUGAUAACACUUCCGUUCUUUGAUAGAAAGUUUCUUGCUCAAAUAACUCCAUAACUAAAAGCUUAAUAUGACUAUGAUUUGUGACUUCCUUUGAUCCCUGUAGUGUGCAGUAUCAAUUGGUGGUUGUUAUUCACUGAUUAAAAUAGUGCUGACUGAAAAAUUGCUUUCACCAAGAAAAGUUUGUCAAAUAGAAGCCUAGGAACUUUCUUAAUUAGGUAAAAAGCAGAUCUGCUGCACAAGAAAUCUUGUAAAUCCUCAUCUCAUUAUCACUUACAUUAAAAGAAGGAAGUUGUGAACUUUUUGGGAAUGAUUCAUUCAGUGAAGUGAAUUUGACCAUCACGGCCCAUGUGGGUAAUUAUUCACUCUAAUAAAAUGGAAAAAAAAGUCCACUCAGGUGAAUUAUUAUAUAAUGGGUGCCAGCUGCAUCCAGCAUUCCAGAAUUAAUUCAAUCAUCACUUCACUCCAAUAAAGUUAUGAACACAGGCAGAUUCAUUUCAGCAGCAAAGAUGCAUUUGAAUAAAGGUUCUUGAAACUACACCUGUGAUGCUCAUAAAUUAAGGGUUGCUUGAUAGAAAGAUCUUCCAUAUCAACGAUUCUGUUUGCUUCAUCCUCCUGAUUCUUCCAACUAACUUCUGAUCUGUCCAUGUUCUUCUUAAAGCAGCCACAGGAGAGUUCCCCCCCAAAUAACAACUAUAAAUGUUUUCAUUCUUCUUCCCCCCGUAAGGUUUCUUGAGAUGAGGGGCAUCAGCGAAUCUUUGUAUUCCCACCCUUCGAGAGACACAUCAGCCACAAUGUGGCUGCCUGUAGAAUACAGGUUGCAAAGGCAUGACCUAUGGACACCUGUACAUAUGGGUUGGUCCCCAUAACAUUAAAAAUAUUCAAUUCAAAUGUUUGAUAUACCUUCAGACGUUUGUUCCUAUGAACAGAACUAGCUUCCUCUCGCUCUCUCUCUAUAUAUUUAGUAAUUGUUCUUUCCUAUCUUAGAUCUUUUUGAUGCCAUUUCUCUGACACAUGGACAAAAUUGGUUUAUGGAUGAUUGAAAACAACCCCAUUUGUUACCUGGUGAUGGCCUUGAUAUCUACUAUUCAUUCAGCAUUAGGGACAGGAUUACAAGAACUUUGAAAUAAAACAAGAUUUUAGAACUGUAACUCACUUGCAUUGAUCUAAUAUUUACUCUCACUCUUGCUGUCAUUAACCUCUUGACUGUUUCAACUGAAAUCCUUAUUGGGGUUGUCCUUUUUUUUUGAAAAAAGACCAAAGAGACGUUAAGUAAAUAUAGGGUUGAUUGAAGCAAAGGAUCCAAAAAGAGAUUUCACAGCUUUAAGAAUCAAAGCACCCUUUGGAUAGAAUUUAGCACUACAGAAAAUAAAAGUCUGAACAGAAAGACAAUUUUUUUUCUAUAAAAUAAAAAUAAACAAUUCAACAUUGCUUUUAAUCAUGGAAGAAACAGCACUAAGUCAAGGACAAUCAGUGUGAGGAAGUGGGUUCUCUUUAAAUAACUUUUCAUCCUAUAUAACUUCUAUUUUGUUGUUGAACAAGUGUUCACGUUUACAUGAGGUUAAUCUUUUUAUUAAUUCUCGCUGGAACUGAAUUCGGGAAGUGGAAAGAAAGUUCACACUGAGUGUUAGACCAGGAGUGUAUAUGGUAGAAAUUGGGAGUACUCAAGUGAGCCCUUGGAGUGAUCUUUAGUUGGCUUCACAUAUGCAAAUCUAUGCCCAUCACGUCAGCUAGGAAUGAACUGGCAAUAAAAGAACUCGGGAUAUUGAACUGAAAUCAGAAUCUAUUGUAAAGCAGGAAAUAACACUGAGGAUGUUAAACUCGAAAGAUUAGCUGUGCAGGGUGUUACAUUGUUAGUAGGUAACUGCUGCUGAGAACCCUUUGGCUGCAUUGUACAGAUACAAGUUGUCGUCUCCCCCUCUCUCUCUCCAGGACAGGAAAUUGCCCCACUACAGUUUGUAUGCAUUCUGCAAUGUGUCACAAUGCUCUUCUAGAUAGCUCAAGCAACUAUUUGUUAGCAAUGAAUUAACUUUGGAAAGUCUUAGCAGUAGUAUUUAUUCUGAAUGUUAAUGAUGACACCAUCGUGGCUUUUAAAUAGAAGAAGCAAAGGCAUCCUAACAAGGGGAAUGAAGUUGGGAGAAUGCUUGUACACUGUUUAACAUUGUGAUGGUGCCAUGUGGUUUCCCUACCUACCAUUCUUCACGUGUUCUUUAUGAUUUCUAAGAAUGAAUGAAACUAAGGGUUUCAUUAUGACUCUUGUCAAUUAGCACUCUGUUCUAUCUUCUCAGUCGUUUUGUUUUAAAUCCCAUGUGGUUAUUAUAAAAGGGAUACUGUCUCCAUCAAAAUGAUCACAACCACAGUUUACAAACGGUGUUAUAAAGUUUGAGUCCAUUGUUUGUUCUUGUAGUAUUUCAUUAUUGUUGCUUUAAGACACUAAUAUGUUGUAAAAGUUUUUUAUAUCACAGUUGCAAAUCGGUUCUUGGGGAAUUUUUUCUUUUAUAUUUUCUAAAUGCUUUUUUGUGAGCAUCCUGCAGAGGCUCACAGGGGAUACCAUCAUUUUAAACAGUGCCAUGUUACAGAAAAUCACUUGGUUUCUUUUUGUUUCAUGUAACAUGGCUGCCCUCCAGAAGGAUUAUUUGAGUUUGCCUGUUUAUAUAUCAAAAAUGUAUUUAAGAUAAAUUGCAGCUUGUGUUUUUUUUGUAUGUGAGACUAACCUUUGGCAUCUGAACUUUCACUUAGUGACCAUUUUGCAUAUAGACUGGUGCAGUGUGACAUCACAAUCACAUAUCCCGUAUUUUCAAUAGGUCAAGCUCAUCAAUCAACCGGGUGGUUUAGUGAAAGAUGGGAUACUCUGGUUCCAUAGCAACAGCUCUAAGAUAAAGAGAACCAGAUUCCCAUGGUGCUUGGGGCUCUUUCAGAUAUAAAGAAUGAAGACCUUUCACAUGAGAACAAAUAACAGGUUUUUCUUCUUUUUUUUUCUUAACUUAAACUGUAUAUUAUUCCUGGGCAAAAUUAUUAUUGACCUUUUGUCUGGAAAGGUCAAAGCUCAACUCAAGAAGUAGCUUUGUUAGGAAUUUCUGGCUUGCAAGUCAGAUAUUUGUGCAUUUAUAAGACGUUCGGUAGAUUCAUCACAGGUGACUGGAGUAAAAUGUAUUAGUUGCAUAAUCUUUCAGGAUGCAACCUUUGAACAAAUAUGUUGUAAUGUUAAAAAAAAUGGUGGAUUUUAGUGUCCAUUAUUAUCUGAGCUAAUCCACACUGGCUCUGUUACUUGAUGCAAGAAUCCCUUGUGCAUCACAGAAUUUCCUGUCAUAUUCUGUACUUUAAGUUGGAGGGAGAGAUUUUUAAAAAGUCAGUGCUAACUUUGGGGACCCAGCCCUUUGCCAGAGGGAUUGAGUUAGGGUGGCCUUGCAUUUGAGAUUUUACAAAUAGAAUGCACAGUAGUGAAAAGAUGGGUGCACCUAAACCCCAACCCCAACCCCCCCCCACCUCUCCUCCCCACCCUAUCCAACCCCAUCGGAGGUCUAGCUGUGUUCCAUCUGGUACCUGAUGUGAUGUCCCCAUUGGACCAAUCUGCUAGGCGUCCUGUAACCUAUUUGUUCAGUCCAGUGACACGAGUGCAAUACUUCCUCACUGUUGGCUGGGUUGUUUUUGCUUGUAAGGUGAGAGCUUCUGGGGACUGGAAUUGUGAUGCAUCAUGGGAAAAUAAAUGGGCAAGAAAUGGCGCAGGCCCGUCUAAGACUUGCUCAAUAGCGUUUUAAUCCUACAAGGAGAAGUUUUAAAAAAAUUAUACAAUAAAAAACUACAAUAUUACAGAGUUAUUUACUAGAUAUUAAAAUAUUUUGAAACUGAAAACCCAGGAGAGCUUUUUUUUAAGCUUGUUGAUUUUUGUUUUUUAUUUUGUUUUCAGUUUUUUUGUUGAAUGGAAGGAACUGUUAUUCUAAUAAAAGUGUUUAAAUGUAGUAAAAACCCUAUUGUAAAUGUGUAAAGUAUGACUAUGGUCUCAGUUUUUGUGUAAACACUAAAAAAUAAGUUUUAUGGACACAAUCUCUAUGUAAAAGCAUUUUAGUAUUAAGAUUUUUAUAGAUAA